GCCGCCGUGAACAUUCAUGGUUGAUGUUGUUGUCUCUCUUUCAAAGAAACGUCGCCAUGUCAUCCGCCCAUCUGACCCGCCUCCGCAAAUGGUUCCUGACAUCCCCUCCAGCAGAGUGGGGAGUGCAGCGGAUUAGAGAGCUGCUGAUCGGAGCACUGCGACAAGGGCCCAUUCCAGGGCAUGUGGCCUUUGUCAUGGACGGAAACCGUCGCUAUGCACGCACUCAUCAUAUCGAGACGGUCGAGGGACAUCACCUGGGCUUUGAAGCUCUCGCUCGUAUACUCGAAGUGUGCUACAAGUCAGGAGUCAAGGUCGUGACCAUCUACGCCUUCAGCAUUGAGAACUUCAAGCGCUCCAAAUAUGAAGUCGACGCCCUCAUGGACAUGGCCAAGUUCAAGCUGAACCAGUUGGCACAGCACGGCGAGCUCCUGCACCGCUACGGCGCCCGCAUCCAGGUCCUAGGACAGAGGGAACUCGUACGGCCUGAUGUGCUGGAGUCCAUAGACGAAGCCGUCCGCCUGACCAGCAACAACACAAAAGCCGUGCUCAACGUCUGUUUCCCCUAUACUUCACGACACGAGAUGACGCAUGCCAUACGCGAGACUGUUCGCGAGUACUCGACUCCUCUGCGUCCUACCAACAAGCGUCCCUUCUCCGAAUCUCACAUCGCACGCCAUCUUCGUACUACACAACUGAGCCAAGUGCAAGAAGAAGUCUCGGCCGAGGACUCAAACACUGAGGAGACGGACGACUCGAACAUCAGCGCUGCCUCGGACGACCACCCUCCCUCUUCUCGCACAUCCAACUCUGCACAUUCGCCCACCUUCAAGCCCACAAGGCCUCAGGCUGUAUUUCCAGAUCCCGAGACCAUCACUGCCGACACUAUCAAUACUCAUACCUUUACUCAUGAUGCUCCUCCUUGCGACCUCUUAGUGCGCACCUCUGGUGUUCAACGGCUGAGCGAUUUCAUGAUGUGGCAGUGUCAUGAACAUACGAGUAUUGUCUUCCUGGAGUGUCUUUGGCCUGAGUUCGAUCUUUGGCAAUUUCUCCCUGUUCUGGUCGAGUGGCAGUGGAAACAACGCAAACUCAACGACGCCCAGGCCCUAUCACGCUCAUCACGAUCCCUAAAAGUUGCAUAAUCACAAAACUGUUCUGGUUUAUUCCUUUCUUACAUACAAGCGAGCGACAAGAUACCCUCUGAGAAACAGCAUGGCAUUCUGGUCUGGUUUUUAAUCUUUUAUCCUUGGCAAUACCUCGUUCCCUCUAUUGGCCGAUCCUGGCGCUUAUAGCGAGAUACACUCCUGAAAUUGACCAUUU